CGCCGGCGCUGCCCGGGACCCCGCCGCCGGGAGGAGGGGGCGGAGGAGGGUGGAGACUGCGGGGCUUGGCCAAGGAAGGCGCACAUCCUCGGGCGGGCGGCCGUGACGCGGCGGGGAUUAACUUUGCAUGAAUAAUAUCCGCGGCUUCCCUCCCAUUGGCUGGCCUGCGUGGGCGGCGCCGCACCCAAGAUUGAAUGAAUAAGAAGGAGAUGUCAGUGAAGAAACGGACCCAGAAUGACAACUAACCCAUGACUCCCAACAGUAUGACAGAAAAUGGCCUUCCAGCCUGGGACAAACCGAAGCCCUGUCCAGACGGCGACCGCGACUGGAAGCUAGGAGGGAUGUCUGAAAGCUGCCUGCACAGGAAGAGCCAUCCGGAGAGGCGCAGCGCGUUGAAAAACGAACAGUCAUCACCACAUCUCAUCCAGGCCACUUGGGCGAGCUCCAUCUUCCACCUGGACCCCGACGACGUGAGCGAUCAGAGCGUCUCAAGUGCCCAGCCCUUCCAGACGGAAGAGAAGAAAUGUAAAGGGUACAUCCCCAGUUACCUGGACAAGGACGAGCUCUGUGUGGUGUGUGGUGACAAAGCCACUGGGUAUCACUACCGCUGUAUCACGUGUGAAGGCUGCAAGGGUUUCUUUAGAAGAACCAUUCAGAAAAAUCUCCAUCCAUCCUAUUCCUGUAAAUAUGAAGGAAAAUGUGUCAUAGACAAAGUCACGCGAAAUCAGUGCCAGGAAUGUCGCUUUAAGAAAUGCAUAUAUGUUGGCAUGGCAACAGAUUUGGUACUGGAUGACAGUAAGAGGCUGGCCAAGAGGAAGCUGAUAGAGGAGAACCGGGAGAAGAGGCGGCGGGAGGAGCUGCAGAAGUCCAUCGGGCACAAGCCGGAGCCCACCGAUGAGGAAUGGGACCUCAUCAAAACUGUCACCGAAGCCCACGUGGCCACCAAUGCCCAAGGCAGCCACUGGAAGCAGAAACGGAAAUUCCUGCCGGAAGAUAUUGGACAAGCACCAAUCGUAAACGCCCCGGAAGGUGGAAAGGUCGACUUGGAAGCCUUCAGCCAUUUUACAAAAAUCAUCACACCAGCAAUCACCAGAGUGGUGGAUUUUGCCAAAAAGUUGCCUAUGUUUUGCGAGCUGCCAUGCGAAGACCAGAUCAUCCUCCUGAAAGGCUGCUGCAUGGAGAUCAUGUCCCUCCGCGCGGCUGUACGCUACGACCCGGACAGCGAGACUCUAACCUUGAACGGGGAAAUGGCGGUGACACGGGGCCAGCUGAAAAACGGGGGUCUCGGGGUGGUGUCCGAUGCCAUCUUUGACCUGGGCAUGUCUCUGUCUUCGUUCAACCUGGAUGACACGGAAGUAGCCCUCCUGCAAGCCGUCCUGCUGAUGUCCUCAGAUCGCCCAGGGCUCGCCUGUGUCGAGAGAAUAGAAAAAUACCAGGAUAGCUUCCUGUUGGCCUUUGAACACUAUAUCAAUUACCGAAAGCACCACGUGACACACUUUUGGCCAAAACUCCUGAUGAAGGUGACAGACCUGCGGAUGAUUGGCGCCUGCCAUGCCAGCCGCUUCCUGCACAUGAAGGUGGAAUGCCCCACGGAGCUCUUCCCCCCUUUGUUCUUGGAAGUGUUCGAGGAUUAAGGACUGGAUUUAUUCUCAUAAUUCCCACAGCACUACUGGGUGUCAUUUCAUUCCAAUGCCUAGCUCUUUUCUGUUCGUUUCUUUGUUUCUUUGUGUUGGGAAGGAUUUUGGGGGGUAAAGGGAGGUAGUCCUUGGCAUAGACAUGGAUGACAUUGCCUCUUGAAUGCGGGUACUUGUAACUAUUGGCAUUUUGUUCUCCAGUGCUUUGAUGUGAAUGCUUUGAAGGAAUUACAGUUGUGGAGGUGGGGUGGGGACCAUCAUUAAUUCACCAGCACCAAGCCAUCACCAGCUCCCACCUGUCCCUGGCCAGAGACUCCGGCAAGCGAAAUGGCGCUGCGAAAGACUACAGAAGCCUUAAAGCCAAGAGAACGGCAGUGGUGAUCCAAUCCUGAUUUUUGCAAGGCUUAAGUUAGCAGAGCACAGAUCACCUUUGGUUAGGGGUGGCUUUCAGCUUCCUAGGGAAAGACUCGAACCAACCGAUCUUCAUCCCUCCAAGAGCAUGCCUGUUUCCAGUACUCUGUUCUCUUCUGGAAGCAUCACUUGGAAUGUACAGGAAAUCAGCUGCCUUUUUAGUGUCAUUUUUAUAAUCUUAGGAUUUCAUUUUAUUUGACUGAUUGAGGCCAACAGGGAAGACAUGUGUCUUCAGCGAGCCCAAAGACAUUAGAAAUCUUCACCAAUCUCCAUGACUCAACGGUCCCCCAAAAUGCACGUAGCACUGCCUCCCAGGAGGAAGGCUUAGUCACAGGUUAGGAUCAGAGAACACUUCCACAGAAAUCCAGUCUAUACUCCGGGGCUCACCACUCUUCAGUGGCAUCUGAUCUGUUGUCUCCCGAGCUCCAGAGCUGUCUACGCUGCCUGCAUCUUUGCUGAGCUGACCACGGACUUCCUUCUGGAUCAAAUCAAGGAACGUUGCAAGCUGACAUUCGAGUUUCAAGCUGGAGGAAUUCUGAGGAGAGCUGAGCGCUGUCACAUUGAGUCCGUGGAAAUGCAGUGUUCCGAGAGCCCCUGCAGGUCCCGACAGCUUGAGGAUGCUUCGUUCUGGCCUUAGAUCCUCGUGCUCUUUGCUUAUUUAUCAAUGUUUUCUAGUCCCCUUUUCCCUCUAUUCUGAGGCACUGACUAGCUGGACUAAUUCUAAACAAGGACGGUCCUGCUGCAGACCCCUCCCCUCCUCCCUCUCACAGCCUUGCCCUAACAGAUAUUCAACAGGAAACACCUGCAGAGAACACCUGGUGCGCCCACACUCCCCUUCCCUGCCCCACCUGCCUCCCCAGUGACUGACGCUGGAGUGGCUUGUGCCCAGACCCAAGUGGUGACACCGUUGCUUCAAUGUCAGCGAAAGGGCAAAGAAUGUACCCAUGCAACUGAAUGUAUCUCAUUCUUCACCGGCACAAUAGAGAUUAACGGUUCCUCUGCCUGCCUUUUACUGCCUUAUCCUGGAAAUAUUGGGGAAAAUAAGCCAUAUGGGUGUGAUUGACCUAAAAACAAAGGAAUGCAAGUCACUGGGAAAGCCAAGUGGACUUUUUCUAGGUUUGGUGGAGCAUAACUGGCCCAGAAAUCAGGGUGCCUGAGUUCUAGUUCAUGCCCUGCCAAAUGGGAGAUUUGUGACCUUAAAUCUUGGUUUUCUCACCUGGGGAAUAAGGACUAAGUCAUGAGUCCUAAAGUCCUUCCUGCCGUUAAUAUUGUAUGGAUUUUGGGGUGGGGGGAGAAACCUGAUUCUUUUAAUGAUUUCUUUUACAUUCAAAUUUCUAGUUUUAUUAGGAAAAAAGUAUAACCCACUUCACAGUUAAGGAACAUAUAUUUGGCAUUGAUUCAAAACACGGACUUGACGCAAGACUACUCCCCCUUGUGGAGGGAAGCAGAUGCUCUUGGGGGAAGGUGAGGAGCACCAUUAAGAAUCCCAAGUAUGGCUGCAGGUAACCUGGAGGGGACGGACACCUUUACGGCCUUCAGACAAUGAUCCUGGCUUCUGGGAAAAAGGAAACCCGAACAUUGCUAUGGAACUUGCACAUCAGAGGAAGGAAAUAAGUGCAGAGAUUAAAAUUCCAAGCAUGAAGUUCACGGGCAGAUGACCUGCUUUGACUUUAUCUACAAGACAAGCUUUGGGGGUUUUGUUUUUUCUAGGCAGCCUCUAGCCAGUCCCCCCAAGUCCUUUGUUACCAUCUCAGUUCCAUCUGUUGACUCUACUUGGAGAACAAACUCUCUUGCAGAGAUAGAUACCCAGCUGCCUCUAGGCCUGGGGUAACACUGGGUGGGGCAAAGCUUCCUUCCAUGGGGAAUGAGAGGAAGGACAGCAGGUGGCAUCCUGGACGGGUUCAGCCACUCCUGAGGCAACGGGCUUCUGAGGCAAGGUUCCUCAUCCUGUCUGACAGAGAUGGCCCAGUACAUCAGACCUAGACUCCAACGUCGGCUCGGAGCUGAUCUCACGCUGAAUUAGAAUGCUAUGGCAUUCACCACGAUUGGAACUGCUGAGAGGGUGCCCUAAGGCGACAGUCAUCCAGCCAGCCCCAGGUGGCCCUCAGCUCCUGGAAGGCCUUCAACAGGCAAUGCUGAUCUGGAAGUAUUGUCAAAGGUUGGCUACUUUAUGCUGAGUAGGACGGGCCUUAGAGUACCUCGGGUUGAAAGGAAAAGCUAUAAGGACUCAAAGAAUCACGACUCUGAUGGUUAAAACGACCUCGUUCCUCCUGAACAGACUGAGGUCCCGAGUGCAUCUCAAGUCCCCAUCCCAUAAAACCUGAUUGUGUGGGAUUUGCUCUGAAUUUAAACACACACACACACACACACACACACACUUUUUUUCUGACUUUGCUGGAGCUUUCAAAUCAGAUGUGGACCUGACAUUGCAGCAACCUUGGCACCUGUCCCGCCCCUCUCCCCCCAACUCCAACUGGGGAGACAUUCCAGUAGAGGAGAACACAGUCCUGCUGGGAUUCUUACUUAGAAAUCACUUUUAGGCGUGUGUGGUGUGGGGCUGUGUGUGUGUGCGUGUGCGCGUGUGUUUGUAACCCACAAGUGUACUUUGCUCUCCGAUCUAAAUGUGCAGUAUUUCCUGAAAUAAUGAAAACAACUAAGAUCUUUCCUUCUUUACGAUGCUGUUCCUAACACCACGUGCCACCUCAGAGCUUUUUCUAGUCAGAGGAGCCUCCGUCCUCAAUGGCGCGCUUGGCGUGUUGAUGCCUCAGCCCAGCGAUGCCCCUCACUCGUGCCCCAAGUGACGCCUCCUCCAUCUGCGGUGCAGCGCCGGGGUGGACUGCCAGCCCUGGCAUUGCUCCUCUGUGAACAGGUGCACAAGCCUUGGCCCCUCCACAACACUAAGCCCCCAGACUCCCCCUCCGUGCACCGCUGAGCACCCUCAGAGCAUGUCGUUGUCAGUAACCCAGCUCUACUCUCCGGAACUGUCACCUAUGGGUGUCACACCAACCCUGCUGCAUGAGUCAUAAAUUAUGAAAUCAGUCUUAUGGGUUUUGAAAUGUAGCCAGCGUUUGUAAGGCUAAACCUUUUUCAUGAACUGAAUUGAAGAAGAAUAACCCAGCCGUAGUCCCUCUUCCCAAGGGGAGCGAUGACAGACAUUUGGAUCUCAUCGCCCUUUCCAAUGGUGAUGGCAUCGGGUUCUAAAAUAAGCUCGUAAUUUUUCCUGUUAUUUUAAUAAUAUGGAAAUAGUAGCAUAGUGUUUCUUUUGAUAGUGAUAGAUUAUAAUCCAUAUUUAAAUUUUAUAGAGAAGAAAUUUUAUUGUACUGUGAUGUAGAUAUUUAUUAUCCAGGUAAGGAUUUGCCCGGUGUGUAUUUUUUACAAUUGAAAACAUUUUACUUUAAUCUUUAAACACACACACACACACAAUAAAAUAAAAAGAUAGGGAGAAAAAAAAGGUUUGGCCUUAUGACAGAAUUUUUACUGUGUUGUAUAAAUGUUUGCAAAUGCAAAAAGUGCAUUUCUAGUGUGUUUCCACAUUAAUUAAUGCCGCCUUCAAGAGCAAUAUCGUGCAGGUAAAAUGCUAUUUGUGGCUUUCCGUUGCACAGUUAAAGCUGACCCACCGUAUGCACAAGACAAUCAGAUAGGAAUCUGCCCCGCGCGGGGGCGGAUACUACUCAUGUAAUUUUGGAGCACAAUGUAAGACAGAAGAAGACACUUGACACCUGUGUUGUUGAGCAGAGCCUGUCAGGGCGUAGACUGACGGUAUGUCAUUGCUUUCUUGUGGUUUUCCUUUUAUUUGGCAUUUGUAGUGUGAUCCCAGAGCCAAAUCAGUUCUCCAUCCUUCCUUCUGAGAAAACAUUGUUUUUUCCGUAAUGUGUUUAUGCCCUGAGAAUCAGAAAAAUGCUACAGACUAGAAAAAGAUCUGCAGUCAUCAGAAGACUUCUGUUUUGCAAACAGUGUUAAGUGAUAUUGCUAGAUUGGUAAUAUUUUUUUCAGCCUAAAACUCUGUUGACAUCUGUGAUCAAAAUGUUUUAAACUAUCCAAAAAGAAAAUUUGUAUAUUUGGGAAAAAUGGAUUUUUACAUAGCUUUUGUAUGCAGAUAUUAAAUUGUAAUUAUGAAUAUAGUGGGCAUAGACAAACUCAUAAGCUUAAAUUCUAAAAAAGAAAAAAAAGAAAAAGCUUAUAAUGAAUGUA